ACUUCUCCACAAUCUCUCACUUCUCCACCUUUUCUUGUUUGAUUGAUGAUUAUCAAUUUAUGAUGAGCAACCUACCAACUUCUUUAACAGACUCUUCUUUUACCCUUUUCAAGCUUGCCAUUUCUUCUUCUGAUCCUUGGCCUUUCUCUCUCCUUCUCUUAUAACCCCCUUUAUCUAUAUAUUACUGUUUGUUUCAUCUUUGGCCUUCUUGCUUUUUGGGGCUUUGCUUGCUGAAGAUCAAAAUUCAAAAAUGGGGAUUGGAGGAGAGAAGCAGCAGCACGUGAGCUUCCACCUUCAUAUGCCGCACCUUCAUCUUCAUGGGUUCCAUCAUCAUGAGAACAAGGACCUCAAAGAUAUCCCAAAGGGGUGCCUGGCGGUCCUGGUGGGUCAAGGCCAAGAGCAGCAAAGGUUUGUGAUCCCGCUCAUCUAUAUCACCCACCCCUUGUUCAUGCAGCUCUUGAAGGAAGCGGAGGAAGAGUAUGGUUUCGAUCAUGAAGGCCCCAUCACCAUCCCUUGCCAUGUCCAGGAGUUUCGCAAUGUUCAAGGGAUGAUCGAUAAAGACCACCAUCACCACCACCACCAUCAUGGCUGGUGUUUGUUUUAGGGUUUGAUUGAAUUAAUGGAUUUAGAUUCUUAAAAGGUCAUGCAAAUUUGUUUUUAUGUUUUCUAGUAGCUUUUGCUUUCCUUACCAUUGCAGAGACCUUUGAAAUUUGAAAAUGAAUUACAGGAUUAUUCUUUACACAUAAA